AUGACACAGCCAAACGCGAACUGGAACCCACCACGGGGACCAAGACACCGCCACCCACGAGGACGAGGUCAAGAUCCGGCAUCAAGUGCAAGGCCUGCUCCACGAACGCUUCAAAGUCGUAAUGAGGGUCAACACUCGUCGAUUCGGAAUUCACAGCGAACCAGCGAUCCCUUUCGCCACGAUACGCAGAGUACUCCAUACUGGGACGACUCCAACGGUGCGAUCCACGAAAUUCCUAGUACAGGGCCUCGAUAUUCAGCACGGUUGUAUGCGAAAGCCGUCAGUGGAGAAUUACGUAGUACUUCGAGUCAACAGCAAGGUAGUCAACUCCAAAUCGCGCCCCAAAGUGCGUUCAACAAUCCUUAUCUCGACAUUGUUGGUGAUGAACCGUAUGGUAAACACCAGGCAUUCUAUGGGAAUUAUCGAGAAUCAGUUGAUGAACCUGAGCCCGCUUUCAGACAAAAUAAGGAUAACAGGAGGGAUUUCACUCCGUACUUUGAUGCAGCAGAUGCGAGGAACAGUGCGGACUUAGGAAGUCUGGAAAAGGAUAGCGCCCGUGUUGCUAUGGGUGCGAAAAAUGCUAACUUAGAAACGCGCAGGGAAGCAACGAACGCUAUCCAAACCGCAACCACACGGCGUGACGAGUUGAAUGUCGAGAAGCCACUAUCACUAGUGCCUGGGGGCGAACCAAUGCCUUCACCCAGAUUUUCUGGCAGGUAUCAUCCUUCUACAACCCCCACCACGUUCAGGUCAAAGUUUGAGUUUCCAAUAUCACCAAAGAUACCGAAGGUGAGCGCAGUUGCCUCUAGCAACCCCACAAACCAUCAAUGGCCCAAAUUUCCAUCCCCAGUCGUCGAGGCAUCAUCGCCUCUCAAAGUUUCUUCCAAGAACCAGCCAACUAAUCGGACGAAACACAAACGCACACCCACACUUGACCACGUACUCAAGUUGCGUGCUGAAGAGCAAGCAAAAGCCCUCGCAAUGCUUGAAGGUGAUAGCCUAGAGAACAAGCAUCCCGGCGAAGACCAUCGCCAUGCACCGCGUGCACCGUCGCGGAAGAUUAGCGAUUCAGAGAGCCACCCAGUUCAUAGAAUUACUUCGCACGAUCAGAAACGCCACGCUUCCGAGUUCAUCGCUGAGCCAGGAUCACUAGAAUCGAAGAAAUUGGCAGCUACCUGCCUGAUGGCCGACCCUGUCAACCCAACUGGGAAAUACGAUAGGAGUAGUGUAUAUAGCAGUGACGAUAACGUCCAAGAAGACGAGAUCGAGAGAUUCUCAAAAGCUGUCGCAGGCCUUCAUCCGUUUCAGGACCUGCCUUCUCCGUUGCCCAAUAAGACUGGGUUCCAGCGGAGGAGCGCUGUACCGGCGGAUUUGGAUUGGAGUGAAGUUGAAGCAGGGCAAGAGUUGGAAAAUGUAGCUGGAGUGCAGCAAACGCAGCAAGCGCCAAGCGAGAGGACUUUGGAGGAGCCACAGGCGAGAAUUUUGAAAUACCCUAAUGUGCAGAACACGGAUACCGGGAAGGGAGGUGUGGAGACGAUAGGAUGCCAGGAUAAUUCGUCGGCUGAGUCGUUUGCGACAGUAUGGUUGGAGGAUUACGAACGUGUUAGAGCUAAGGAGGAACUUAUGGCGGAGCAGAAUGGCGUGAAGAGGCGAUGGUACAAGGGUUUUCGUAAAGUGUAA